CGCAACUGAAUCAUCACAGGUGUCACAACUAUGGUGAAGAUAGCAUUGAGAGUCCAUGGAACAACUUGUGGCUCAGGCAUUCAUAGCCACUUGAUGCUACUAUAAAUCUUAAAGCCUACUGUAACACAAAGCUCAGGAAACAAGCAUGGGAGCCAUAUUCCAAGACCCCCCACCUCUCAUCCAAGACCUCAAGGUCGCAGUCCAUAGCUCCUCUCUUGUUCUUCCAUCAUCAGAAACUGAGAGAAAGUCCAUGUUCUUAUCAAACAUAGACAAAGUCCUCAACUUCAAUGUCCAAACAGUUCAUUUCUUCCAGGCUCACCCAGACUUUCCUCCCCCAACUGUGGUUGAAAAGCUUGAAACAGCCCUCCAGAAAAUCCUUGUGCCAUAUGAUUUCUUGGCUGGAAGGUUGAAGAUGAAUCCCAAGUUGGGUCGCUUGGAGGUGGACUGCAAUGCAGCUGGAGCUGGCUUUGUGGUGGCUUCAAGUGAGUUCACAUUGGAUGAGAUUGGAGACUUGGUUUACCCUAAUCCUGCAUUCCAACAGCUCGUAGUCAUGAGUAUGGAUAACUUGGCACCUGAUGAUCAGCCACUUUGCAUUCUUCAGGUGACUUCAUUCAAGUGUGGUGGUUUUGCCAUGGGAGUCACCAACAAUCAUGCAACUUUUGAUGGGUUAAGCUUCAAAAUGUUUUUAGAAAAUCUGGCCUCCUUGGCUGCUGACAAGCCACUGGUUAUCACCCCCUGCAAUGACAGGCAACUCCUGGCCGCCCGAUCCCCGCCGCGUGUCACGUUCCCACACCCUGAGCUUCUCAAGCUCAAGAUCCCUAUUGGGGAGGAGUCUAUUACUCCUGUCUUUGAUGCUAUACCAGAGGAACUUGACUUCAAAAUUUUCCGGCUAAUGCCCGGAGAUAUCUCUAACCUAAAGGCCAAGGCCAAGACUGGUGAUGCCAAAACUAAGGUUACAGGAUUUAACGUUGUGGCCACUCAUGUAUGGCGGUGCAAAGCCUUAUCAUGUGACACCGGGAAUGAUCUUGAUAGGUUGUCCACCAUUCUUUAUGCAGUUGACAUAAGGCCUAGGCUGGUUCCACCACUGCCACCAUCAUAUACAGGCAAUGGAGUGCUCACUGCUUAUGCAACGGCAUCGUGUCGGGAUCUACAAGAAGAGCCCUUCUCAAGGCUGGUGGGGAUGGUAGCAGAGGGGGCUAAUAGGAUGACUGAUGAGUAUGCAAGGUCUGCCAUAGACUGGGGAGAGCUAUACAAGGGUUUUCCCCAUGGGGAGUUUCUGAUUUCUUCAUGGUGGAGAUUAGGGUUUGCUGAAGUUGAGUAUCCAUGGGGCAAGGCAAAGUACAGUUGCCCAGUGGUGUACCAUAGGAAGGACAUCAUCUUGUUCUUCCCGGACAUCGAUGCAGUUAACGACAAUGGAGUGAAUAUACUGGUAGCUCUACCAAGCAAGGAAAUGGAGAAAUUCCAAACCCUAUUCCACAAGUUCCUAGCCUGAAAAACCCUCCACUUGAUCAUAUGUAUUGGUGUUUGGUACUUUGGCAUGUAGUAGUAUGCUUAUCUAUAUAUGUCAAGUAUUUGGACUACAUAGGGUUUGGUAAAUGUUAGUGAAGUUGGUCUAGAAAAGAGACGGUCGAUCCAUCGGGGACGAUGCUGCGGUGGCCGAUCAUAUGAAGCUUAUAUAAAUGAAUGAGACGUGUUCAUUCCUCAUCACUACCAGCAUACAAAGGAUUAUGAGUAUAACUAAUAUCAAUGGAGAUGUGUUCUAUA